CCGCCCCGUCCGGUGGACAUCCGGGUUUACCCGCAGUUAGCCGCAGUCGCAGCUUGUGUCUUCGUUUUUGCCUCGUAAAUUUCCGCAGACUGUGUUAGCAGCCCCCCAUUGGCCAAGAAAGCGCACAGGUUGCAGGUAUGCCGAAUCUAAAGCUGAUAUCUGCGACCGACACACAGUAUUCAGCAGCUGUGCUGAAGUCUAUGAACGAGCAGCGAAAUCAUGGAGUGUUUUGUGACAUCACCAUAAUUAUUCAAGACAAGAAAUUUAGAGCACACAAAACCGUCUUGUCUGCAUCAAGUACAUAUUUUCAUCAGCUCUUCACUGUCGCUGGUCAAGUCAUCGAGUUAAACUUCAUAAGAGCCGAAAUCUUUGAGGAGGUUCUGAAUUAUAUUUAUAGUUCCAGGAUUGUUCGUGUUCGGUCUGACAUGCUUGAGGAGCUCAUAAAUGCUGGAGAGAUACUCGGGGUGAAAUUCAUUGCUAAUUUAGCAUCACCAUUGUCACAAGUUAAGGGCUUACCUGGUUUGUCUAAGGAGCCAGAAAGUAAAAGUGACAUCACUGCAAAGACCAUGCCAAUCAUCACAGAGACCUUCUCCAUUUCUGCAGAGGAGUUCAACCAGACCAGCAAUGCUACAGUUAAUGAUGAGGACUCAGACAAUGACGUGCUGUUUGUCUCUCAAACAGAUGCUCCAAGCAGAGCAGCCAGUCAGAAAGUCAGCCCUGAUGAGGUAAUUGAUUUGGACGCUGGUGAUUCAGAAAUUACAAUAGAAGACAAAGUAAAAUCAACAGAUGGUUCAAAAACUUCCAGCAUCUGUGGUCCAUGGCCGAGUUUAUCAGAGACCAGCUUGAAUAACUCUUCCUCUCCUGCCAGAGCGUUGCCGGGCAGCGUUCCCACAACACCUGCUGGGUCAACCAACUUAACCCCUGAACCCUUGAGUGCUACGCAGUCCUCUGAAAACGGUGAGAUAAUGGGAGUGCAGAAGAAGCAGGUGUCUGCUUCAGCACAGACUGGGGAUUUUAAAAUAAGGCUGAUGGAUGUAUCUGGAGGUGAAUCAAUUGAAACAACUGCUCCUGGAACAACUAUAGCAGCGAAAAAGACAGUAACACUCGAUAAAGCCUCAGAAAUCUAUACGUUUUCUUCAGGCUGUAAAGUGUAUGCCAAUAUAGGGGAAGAUACUUAUGACAUUGUUCCAUUAAAGGAGGAUCCAGGAGAGGGAGGAUCUAAAGCCAGUAAAGGGAAGAAAUCCAAAUUUGUUGAUAGAAUGUCUUUGUCACCAAACGAUGCUGUAAAAAAGAAAAAAAACAAAGAACUGGAGGAUCAUUAUGAGUUGGUUAUGGACGGGAAGACGUUCUACGUGUGCACAGUUUGCAAGCGCCCCUACGUGUGUCUGACAAGCCUCCGCCGUCACUUCAAUACCCACUCGUGGGAGAAGAAGUACCCCUGUCAUUACUGUGACAAGGUCUUUGCCCUGGCAGAGUACAGAACUAAACACGAAAUCUACCACACAGGAGAGAGGCGGUACCAGUGCCUGCUGUGCAACGAAAUGUUCUUCAACUACCAGGUGCUGUCCACUCACUGCAAGCAAGUCCACAACCAGGAUCCCAGUGGGAGGAAGGAGAAAGACGACACAGCGAACAACUUGUACCGCUUGCUUCCAUGUAGAACUGUGCAGAUGAAGCCCUACUCUUGGAUUACAGAUGGGACGGGUGUCCCCGUUAUCUCCGAGGAUGGCAGCGUGCAGCACUUAACCAGCGUAGGCGGCAAUGUUCACGCUUCCACACAGAGCAGACUGUUGAAUUGGAAUGACAUCUUCAUUGAGCACGACGCCGCCAUUCGGCCGCCAGCGACCCUCAACCAAUCAGAUAUGAGCUUGAGCACUCCAUCGCAGGAUUCUAUGGAGUUUGACUUUAGUACACCGGAAACUUACUGAGGAACGAGGCACCUCCUGCUCCUCUGCCGGUGCCUUUAGGACCCUGCUCUCUCUCUUCAUCCUUAAGUUCAUGUUAAAUCUAUUGUUCUGAAAUGCUCAGUAGUGUCAUAAAUAGUCUUUGGCCUUUUCUGUGUUAGGAAAGUGGUCACAGAAAAACAUUGCAUUGUAAUAAUAUAUAUUGAAUUGUCAAAUAUAACUGAGAAACAACCCCAGAAAAAUAAAAGAGGCACAAACAGACAAAAGUACUGUGGCAGAAGGUGACUUAUAUUCAGUGUUGUUGGUCUAAGCUCUUAUGAUUCACCUUCAGUUUUUGUCAUUUCAGUUCUUUGACAGAUGCUGAAUGUUAUAAUUAGACAUUAGACUGUUGUAUCGAGCUUCAGUUGUAAUAUUUUUUUCCAGGUUAUUUAGGCUGCAAACACUUAAUGACUUAACACAUGUCUGAAUGAAUAUAGGACUGCUUUAAGACUGCAGUGUGAUGGUUUUUCGUUUCUGUUGACAGAGAAACUAGUUUCUUUGUUCAGGCUACGUUAAAGCGUUUGUCGACUGGAUGCACUAUAGUAGCAGUGCCUCAUAUUGAAGUAAAUCCAGGUUGCUGGUAAUUGAACUCCAAAGUAAAAAACAAAUGGCACAUUUGUGUUUGCAAAUAUUAUGAAAACUGCUGAGCAGGAACGCUGUGCUUCUGGAUUGUGAUCAUUUGAUUCCAGUUUUGAAAUGGUUUCAAACCCAAUUCCCUUCUUAGUGUGUAUAAGAAAAAGUUGUGAGAAGUCUACUUUUUCAUUCUUGUUACUUGUUAAUUCUGAUGAUAUUUCUGGGGAAAAUAUUAGUUAUUUAAUGUUGUGUGGUUGGAGAAAGUUGUUGCAUAUGUCUUUCAACCUGUUAUUGAUCUGUAUUUGUAUUUUUUUCCUCAAGCGCUUUCUUAAAUGUAUUUCCUGUGCCAUCACCUGCCUGAAAUAUGCUUUAGUCUAGAUAUUUUGUUUUAAAUGUGACUCAUAGAUGUGACUUGAACAUACAGUAGCACUUAAUGUUGGAUUAUACAGCAUUAUUAUUAAAUUUAAAGCUACAGUGUGCAGGAUUUAGUGUCAUCUAGUGAUGAGGUUGAAAAUUGCAUUAUGGUGUCACCUGUCAGUUUUGUUUCCCUUCACAAUUUUGGUUCUUUGGUGAAAGGACUUCAUGCUCCCUUCUCUUUUGAUAAGCACUAUGUACAAUCCUCCACUUUGAAAAAAAUGAGGGCUCUCAAACUUGUUAGCCUGCAUAGCGACCAGUAUAGGGGACCAUCUGCUCAUUCCUAUUCUCUCUUCCCCCCUCCCCCCACUUCCAGUCUUCUGGCUGCACACAAAUGGCUAUGUGUGCUGUUUUCCAUUUAUGCUAAGCUUGUUUGCAUAAAUGUUUCACUUCGGGUCGCCAUAGCAGAUCCAAGGUGGAUCUGCAUGUUAAUUUUGGCACAAGUUUUUCACCGGAUGCCCUUCCUGACGCAUCCUACAUACUGUAACUUUAAAGUCAUGUUUUUAGUGGUCAGUCUGUAAUGGGUUCGUGCAAACAAGCCAGUCUGUUCUACUUUAGGAACAGGUUUUGUUUUUAAUUAACAGUGGUUUGUGGGAUGUGCAGGAUAUUUUUGAUAUACUUUUUUUGUGGGGGGGGGGUAUCUCAGCCCAUCCUGCUAUGCCUGUCUUUAAAGUACUUGAUUUCACUUUCCAGUCACAUGGGAUAUUGCCUAAUAAAUUAUUUUAACUAAAUUGUCCAACAAGCACCAUGUAAAUGUGUAUUAUUUUAUUCACUGUGUUUGUGUCCUGUCUUUUGGGAAUCAAAACUAGAUGAAAUCAUUUUGUCCCACAAAAUGUACAGUGUACAACCUAAUUUAAACAAAAAGUCUGUACAAGUGAUGCUACAUUCUGUUCAUACAAUUGCAAAAGUUGAUGGAAAUGUUAAAAAUGAUGGUGGAAUUCAUAAAUGCAGUAUUACGCACUAGGAGAAAUUUUAUACAUGUGUAUAUACUGUAUAAUUCCUUUGAGAUAAUUUGUAACAGUUGAGGGAAAAUCUGUGAAAAGAAUAAACUGUUCUGCAGCAUGU